AUUUUUGGAAACUAUCGGGAAUAGAUUCACAAAUGAAACACCACUUUAUCAAAAAUUUAACAAUGAAAUCUCAAAACAAUCGAGAAGUAAGCAACGGAAGGCUGGUUCUUGUCAAGCAGUUGAGUGAUAGUGAAUCAAACAGACAAAGUCAAGAAAACAGCAAAUCAAUAGUCACGUGUUCGUGUAUUUGUCUCAUGGCGGCCAUUUGGACGCUUGAUAUCAAAUGUACAGAAGAAUGUGGUGAAAGAAAGAUUACUAUGUAGUUAAAUUCUCUUCUGGAAUUCUUGUUUCUGAAGGCAAAUCCUCACAUACGUUUUACUAAAAUGUAAACGACUCACAUCAUUUAGGUGGAAUCAAUUCAUAAGAUGUUUGUGAACAGUUCCCACAAUCAGGACUUUUCCAGUCUGAACACUUGGACUUGUUUAGAUGUGCACUACAGAGUUUAAUAUUUUCCACCAAAGGAAUAUUUUUUCCCUGGCAAGGUCCAUCAACAUUGACGUCAUCACUAGGUGAUUUUCGCGGGUAUGAGUUAACCUCCUUCGAAUUUGCGUGACCAUCUUGCAAUUAUCGUUUUGCAUAUGACAUCCACGUUAACGUUAUUACAACUCGCCUGCUUUUUUCUUCUGCCUGAAGGAAAAGAAAGUGACGACGAAUGCUCUAAUCAAAAAUGCAGCAUCGCUGACGUCACGUUCUUUUUUAAAGCUCUCCAUGCGCUGGAGCUGAUCCGCAUAGACGCCCCGGCUUUUUCCUUUUCCAGUGUGGUUUUUGUGCAGGUAACACGUGAAGGGCAUACGCUAGUAUCCUGUCACAGCAGACCUGCUAGCAACGAGGAAUAUCCCAGUGCCCAAGUCACUUUGGCUAUAGGCAACUUAUAAUAUAGACACGGCUGGUUUACCAGCCAGCACUCUUCAGCCGAAAGCACCGUGAGCAGACGUUCUUUAACAACAACAUUCGCUUCCAGUUAUUUAAAUACAAAAGGAAAUAUUUAUCGUGUGGUCUAGUCGACAUUGGCUAUUCCAGUGGUGUCCUUAUUUUGUUGUUCGGACCGAAACGGAAAUGUCAAAUGUGAUGAAUGUAGCAGGAAAAAUAAGGACGAAAAAGGUGUAUUAUUCUAUUUUCUCCAAUGGCGUCCAAUUGGAAUGAAGAGGAUGAGCAAGCUGAGGUUGUUAUUAAUCCGGAGACCGACACAUCGGCUUACAACCAAUUGUGGCAGGAAGCGCUGGAAGUUGACGAUGAAGUUAUGCGGAUUUUGCAAGAACAUGGCGAACAAGUGAUCGAUGACGAAACAGAAAUAGCCACAGAUGCCAUGGAAGAAGGCGGAAUCAAGAGAACCAUUAGCGAGGAAUCCAUCGACUUCUUUGACCGGUUUUCAAAGAUCAGCGAACGAGCCAACACUCAAAGGAUUCCGGCCGGACGACGAGGCGCUCAGCUGAGAGAGGAUGACACGGUUGAGGAAGCGUUCGCUCGAGCCAAUCGUAUCAACAAGUUGGACCACCAACGAAUCACGUCCAGUCCACAAUUGAGUGAUGGAUCAGACGAAGGAGCGGACCGGGUCGAGUCUGCUCCUUUACCGGCUCCAAGAUCUCGACCCAGGUCUCGCGUUCCGACUCCCACCGUCCUUGUUGCCUGGAUCUGGGGACCCGAACUUAUCGUCGGUCACGAGGCGGAGAUUGUUUAUUGCGAAGUGCUCUACAGUCUUCUGCACGCCAUAAGCCGUACGGGAUGUGACAACAGCAGCAUAGAUCAAGUCUUUGACUACUUACAACGAUCGUUCCAGUUCACCGACGCCAAACAUGAAGAAUUAUUGUCGACUGUUCGACACAGGACUCCGCCAGAUGUCUCGCUGCAGUUGGGCGUCCUCCAAGCGCGCAACCUGAAGGGCAAGGACGUCAACGGUAUGAGUGAUCCUUACUGUUCCAUAUGGAUUUCGAGCAACCGCCAAAAGUUUCAGGAUACGUCCAUGAAACCGAGGACGUUGGAUCCCGUUUGGAACGAGACGCUGAAUUUUGCGGUAAAGGACGUAAAUGAAGACAUUUUGCAACUGGAAAUCUGGGAUUACGACCCAGACGAGACUGUCAAAGAAAAGAUGUCGCGUAUCACUGAAGUAAAAGAUCUACGCGGAAUGGGCAUCUUACUCAAACAAAUCGCUGUAGCGUCCAAAGCGCCAGGAAAACCGGCCCAUAAAUUCCUUGGUCUAUUGAACGUCGGAUUGAAAUCUAUUCCGCUCUCCGGACUGGAACGCUGGUACCAGCUGGAAGGACGAGACAAGACUAAAACGAAGGAUCGCGGAGAAAUCCGUCUCAAUUUGACACUGUCGGCCAGCCGUCCCGAUACGUCAGAGCAAUUCACGCUACAAGAAAGCUUUAUCCAUUACGAACGCUUGCUCAGAAUCGUAGUGGAACACGAGAUGCGAGGAGAUAGCGAAUGGCGUGGCGUUAUCCCUGAUUCGGCAGCUGUAAUGCUCCGCCAAUUUGCCGCUCAUCGAGGACUAAGACAAUCAGUGACGGACGCUUGUCUAUGGUCCGUCUAUUCGACUGCCUUCCAUAAACGGACCCUGGAUCUUUCCGUCAUGUUAGGCUUGGUCCAACGACUCCGCAAGGCCAUCAACGAUGGCAAAUUACCCGAAGAAGAACUAGUCAACGUGUUUUGGACGGCUGCUGAAUCGUUUUCCGUCGCUGCCCUGUCAGCCAUCCGCCAUUUACGCAACAAUCCGGAAUUGAGCACUAAACCUGAUCAACUUUCAGCUCUCCUCGAAUGCCUCAAGGAAUUGAACAUUUUGGGAUCUAACAGACCGGGAUUGUCUGAAAUGGAAGUUAGAAUCAGCGAGUCAGUUACUAUGGGAGCGGCGGAUUGGUUCUGUCGAGUUGUUGGCGGAAGAAGAAAAGGCGGCCCCAUCUGCGACGACGACCGCUUGGAAAACGCGAUCCGCAUUUGUCAGUCGCUGAUGACCGAUUUGAAAACAGUUCUGACUGUUCACCAUAAAAUAUUUGAACGCAUCUGGCAAAUUCCAGUCUUCAACAUCGUCUACUUGUACUACGACGGCCAGUUAACGGACAUUUCCAAGCCCGUAGUGGACAGUGUCACGAGAAGUCUCAAGUCCGUUCAUACCAACAACAAUCAGAUCGUUUCAUUGGCAUUGGAAGCCUCCGGCGAGGUUUCCAGACCCGUUCAAAACGGCCAUGCAAAACAAAACGAAGCGGAUGCUAUUGCGCCACGGCUGUCAAUGGGCACUGCUCUCUUUGAACUCUAUUUGUGCCUUCAACAAUUCCACAAGCUAUCAAUUUCACUGCCUCAGUCGGAGAAGGAAAGCGUUAAAUUGGCUCCGUUUUACACUUGGUUUGAAACGGCUGUCGAUCGCUGGCUGGAUAUAGCCUUGUAUAAAGCCAUGAUUCGAAUCGGUAAAGCGGUCUCCUUGGAUAAUCUGCAAACAGUCGACAGCAUAGUGCGACACUCUUCGUCUGCUGUCGACGCUGUCAGCGUCUUCUAUUCAAUCAAAAUGUUUUGGGAACAACUUGCCUGGCCUGAUGAGAAAGGGGCGUUGUCUUUCGUUAUCAAGAUCAUGGAUGAGGUGAAACAGUCGGCAACUAUUUAUGCCGAGGCCAUCCGGCUGAAAUUGGAGAGGCUCCAUUCCGGUUCACCGACGUCAGCUACUGCGCAGCCUUUUUUCAUUUCCCUGAAAAUCUGUUCGGCCAUCAACAGCAUCUUGCACGUCCAACUCUCCAUCGAUCCAUUGGCGGAAGAAAUAGGACUCUACAGAUUACGUGACGCUGUCCAGCAGAAUGGUGAUGACGGGUCAAUUCAUCUCGGACAAGAAGCGCUGACAGAAAAUGCCAUCAAAGAUGUUAACGAAAAACUGGACGAAAUCUUUUAUGCUAUAGCCCGCAGGUUUGAAGUAGAAGUGGCUAAGCUCAUCAAUACGGUAAUGGAAUCGGAUUUUGGCAUGCGCCAAACUGACGAUCUCAACCAUUACAUUUGCAACCAACUUCUAGCGCUGGAUAGCAACCUUCCAAGAGACGUUUUCUUCCGUGUUUUAAACAUAAUCUAUCACCACAUUUUGCAAAGUUUCCUUAAUGUCGUAGAAGGCGAAGUCCAGAAAAAGCGACAGCCGGCUUGCUUCCGCCAGUGGAAAGAGCUACUCGAUAUAGUUGAGAAUUGCUUCCAGAAUCCCGAUGCCGAGGAGGAAAUAGAAGACGAAGCUUUGGUAAAAAUCCGCUGGCUACUCAAGUUGCACGGAAUGGACACGGGCGAUCUGAUCCAUCAAUAUCGACUUGAUCGACUAAAGCAGACGUUGGAUUCCGGUAAAGAUGCCGGCAUUGGUUCUCUGUCUGUUCGAGUCAUCUUUAUCGACGAUGCGCUAAAUAUCGAUAUACUUAAUGCCCGUAACUUGAAGCCCAUGGAUGUUAAUGGCUCGGCUGAUCCGUACGUUAAAGUUCAACUUUUGCCAACCACAACGUUUCCGGAUGCGGCGAUACUCAAGAGUAAAGUGCUUAAAAAUACUCUUUUCCCACUAUUUGAAGAGAGCUUUACCUAUCCGGUACCAAAGUCGCUGCAGACUAACCCGGAAUGCUGCAUUUUAUUCACAGUCAAGGAUAAGGAUCUGAUUGGCGCCAAUGAAAUGAUGGGUGAAUACUUCCUGGGCUUCCAGGAGAUCACCCGCGGAGACUCUUCAGUUGACAUGAACGCUUUAGAUCAAAGGAUAUUGCCACUGACUAAACCACAAGAUCAAGAAUCUGAAUAUUUGAAUGCACUGGAAGGCCGUACAUGGGAUAAGGUGGCUCGCGAUUUCGCCAAAAAAGAGAAGAAACGUAUGAACGGAAAAUGAUUAAAGUGUUCCCCGACGAUUUACAUAUUUAUACAUAUACUCAAUGGCGCCUAGCUGAAAAGAACUAUACUGUAAAUAUGCAUACAAUACGAGUCAGAUGUUGCUUUGGUACUAUCGAUUUCUGUAUAACAAUAAAGCAAAAAUUUUGGAAUCUGAA